GCGACGUUGGGCGCUUCGGCAAGCCGAUUGGUUGGGCCUUGGAGGGCCUGUCAGGGCAGAGGGUGGGAGGAGGCGGCCGAACCGAGUCGCUGGGCCUAGCGGAGAGCUAGCGCUGCCGGCGCGGGGACCAUUUGCCAGAGCCCAAGCCCGAGCCGCGGCCGCCGCUGCCAUGCGCUGGGUGCGGGUGCUGCUGAAGAAUGCGUCCCUGGUAGGGGCGCCCAAGUAUAUCGAGCACUUCAGCAAGUUCUCCCCGUCCCCCCUGUCCAUGAAGCAGUUUCUGGACUUCGGGUCCAGCAAUGCCUGUGAGAAAACCUCAUUCACCUUCCUCAGGCAGGAGCUGCCUGUGCGGCUGGCCAACAUCAUGAAAGAGAUCAACCUGCUUCCUGACAGGGUGCUGAGCACACCUUCAGUGCAGCUGGUACAGAGCUGGUAUGUCCAGAGUCUCUUGGACAUCAUGGAAUUCCUGGAUAAGGACCCAGAGGACCAUCGUACCCUGAGCCAGUUCACUGAUGCCCUGGUCACUAUCCGGAACCGGCACAAUGAUGUAGUGCCCACCAUGGCACAGGGUGUGCUUGAGUACAAGGACACCUAUGGAGAUGACCCUGUCUCCAACCAGAACAUCCAGUACUUCCUGGACCGCUUCUACCUCAGCCGCAUCUCCAUCCGCAUGCUCAUCAACCAGCACACCCUCAUCUUCGAUGGCAGCACCAACCCAGCCCAUCCCAAACACAUCGGCAGCAUUGACCCCAACUGCAACGUCUCGGAGGUGGUCCAAGAUGCCUAUGACAUGGCCAAGCUCCUGUGUGACAAGUAUUACAUGGCUUCACCUGACCUGGAGAUCCAGGAGAUCAAUGCAGCCAACUCCAAACAGCCGAUUCACAUGGUCUAUGUUCCCUCCCACCUCUACCACAUGCUUUUUGAGCUCUUCAAGAAUGCCAUGAGGGCCACCGUGGAAAGCCACGAGUCCAGCCUUGUUCUCCCACCUAUCAAGGUCAUGGUGGCCUUGGGUGAGGAAGAUCUGUCCAUCAAAAUGAGUGACCGAGGUGGGGGUGUCCCCUUGAGGAAGAUAGAGCGACUCUUCAGCUACAUGUACUCCACAGCACCUACUCCCCAGCCUGGCACCGGGGGGACCCCACUGGCCGGCUUUGGUUACGGGCUCCCCAUUUCCCGCCUCUAUGCCAAGUACUUCCAGGGAGACCUGCAGCUCUUCUCCAUGGAGGGCUUUGGGACGGAUGCUGUCAUCUAUCUCAAGGCCCUGUCCACGGACUCGGUGGAGCGCCUGCCCGUCUACAACAAGUCAGCCUGGCGCCACUACCAGACCAUCCAGGAGGCUGGCGACUGGUGCGUGCCCAGCACGGAGCCCAAGAACACAUCCACAUACCGUGUCAGCUAGGGCCACCAUGCAUCUGCCCCUGAGUGGGGGUCUGCAGUCUCUGGGGUCCGGCCACCACGGUGACCCUCCCCACCCCUGGGGGUGGGUUCUCCCUGAUGACCAGGUUGUCUGUAUGGAAAUCACCAUGGCAACUGGCCCGUGGUGGUCCCUAAGUGCCAAUCUGUCUCUGUGGAGGCCCCUUGGCAGUCUCCCUGGUGUUGGUGUCUGUGAAUGAUGCCUGAGGGUUGGGGAUAUCUCUACCCUGAUGGACUUUUCCAUGCAUUUUUCCAUGCGGUCCUCCUCUCCGAGACCAGGGUUGUCACUUCUCUGCCAAGUGUCCUAGGUCCCCCUCACCACCCUCCACAGCCCGGCCAUCCAGGUGGACACCCCCACUUCCCUUAUUCCCCCAGCCCCUAUGGGUGCCCUGCCCUGGUCUGUAGUCAGUGUUAAUGAAGGGGCUGGCUGGUGCCCAUAGAUCCAGGAGUGAGUGGGGAAAGGGGAUGCACCCUGGACACCUGUCAGAGACCUGGUCUUAUCACCUCUCCCUCCACUCUGGGCUUUAAGGUGAAGGUUGGGGGGUGGGGGGGUCCCACCUGGGGUCCACUCCUAAUGUGGAGGAACCUGGGAAGACCUAGAGGUCACCUGCCCAGCCAAGCUGUUCCAGGCCCUGCAGGCAGCCUUGGCAGUAUUUGUGCCACUGCCAGAGCCUCUCCCCAGCAUGUCCUCAUGUGCUGACACACCCACUUGAUCCUGCCUGAGCUCCAGACCCCAACCCCCACUGUGCCCAGACACGGGUACUCAGCGUGGCUUUCUCCCUAGAACACUCUAUGUACAUAUCUAGUUUUAUAACCCUGAAUGCCCCACCCUCCCCUUAGCACACAGGGGGUUAAAACUGUGUGCCCCUCCCAGUGGCUAUGAUGGUGACAGUGACAUCCACAGUAAAGAGGAGAUUGAGUCUG